AUGUUGAAAAUGUUUAGGCUGAUUUUCCCUGCCUUCAUCCUUGCCUUGUUCUUUUCCAAAAGCUUUGCCAACCCAAUCGUUCCAGCCUUGCCCAUUCCAGACCGCCGUGAUAAUAUGAGUCCUGCUCCUGGACCAUUUGGCACACUUGAGGGUCACCCCUUGCUUGCAGCCGAGCCAUCUUCCUCCCACAAGGGAGCCGGUUCUGAAGACCUUGGAGCCUCAGGGGGAUGUUGGCAAGGCUAUUUUCUCUCACAGCCUCUUUUCCCUGCUAAGACUUGUGCUCGAAUGGUGGAUGCUGUCCAAACAGUUAUUAUACUUUUCGUUCUAGUGCCAUGGACAAUAAUAUUCAUCAACUUCAUCAUCAUGUCAGCUGCCUUCCCAACAGAUCUACUCCUUGCAGAGGUCACCAUUACUGCUGGAGGGGAUUUUACAUAUGUUUGA